AUGUCGGGUCGCUUCAGGGUCCGCUCAUCCAAUGUCCAACGUUGGAACCGGGAACUUGUUCACGGACGCAUCAAUUUGAUCAAGCACAUGAAGCACAGUCCCUUGAGUCCGUCCGUCAAUUUCCAGCCGCUUCUUCAUUUCUUCAUCUCGCCUGAGACGCAACAUCAAAUCAGAUACACAUCGAGUCAGCAGAGGCAUGCGAGGUAUACCGACGCGGAAUGCAAGCCAAGCUCCUGGGCAGUACAUGUGCAAAGGAAUAAGCUGACGCCUGACUUGCUGUUCAAACGUUCAGAGUUCAACGCUGAUGUCAACCUGUCUCGCUUGUUCCGGCGAUGCGGCACGCACCAACGAGUACCUAUCCGUGUGUGCCGUGCCAUACGGUACAAUUCGUCGGCCACGGUGAUCUGCCAACCCCGCGUUGAUCACUCCCACGUCUCUCCCUGUCAGCCAACUUCAGACGAUUCAGAUCCUUCAACGUCAACCGUGUCGUGUCGUCUCGUCCAGCUCGUACCAUCAUCGUUGCUCUCGUUCGGCUUCAAUCUAUCGCUGCCGGUAAUACAUCCUCAAGAGUCACCAAUAUGGUCAAAGUCCUCAUCAUCAUGGCCGACUACGGCCAUGAUCCCACAGGCAGGUGAUCUUCAUCAUCCUCAACGCCAAGUCCCCGACAUCGCCCCGGUCCUUGUCAGACUCCAUCUCCAUCCCCCCAAUCCUCUAGCCCCGCACCAGCUCCAAUCGUCCAAACAUGGCAAAACCCUUACUCAACGGGAUCUGCAGGUUGCUAUCCCCUACCAGACCUUCAAAGACGCAGGAUUCGACGUAAACUUUGCAACCGAAACGGGCUCAACGCCCCGCUGCGAUGCCCGCAUGCUCGAGGGUCUUUCCCAGAGGUUUCUUCGCUUGCAAAUUCCUCCCUUAGCCAAUAUCCCGCAUCUCUCCCAUCCGCCGAGGCAUGGCAAUCUGGGCGCCGCGGCCUCCACGAUAAAGCUCCACGAUACGAUGGUCAAAUCUGCCGAAAUGCAGAACCCCCUAUCCUGGACUUCGCUGGGCUUUACGCUCGAUGACUUCGACAUUGUGCAUAUUCCCGGCGGUCACGACAAGGAAGUGAGGCAGCUCAUGGACUCGACCACCGCGCAGAAGCUGCUGGCCGAUUACUUCCCCCAGACCAAGAAGCCGGGCAAAAAGAUUGUCACGGCUAUCUGCCACGGUCCGCUGGUGCUCUGCAACACCAGGGGCCAGGACGGUAACAGUGUUCUGUAUCACUGCACGACGACGGCACUCCCCGGAUGCUUCGAGUCGCUGGCGUAUCAUGGAACCAGGCUAUUUCUGGGCGACUACUAUAAGACAUACGGUGCGGGCACAGAGAAUGUCGAGGAUUCGAUGCGCAAAGUGGUGAAAGAUCCCAGUCAGUUUAAGAGCAGCUGGCUGCCCAGCCGACCUUUCGUCGUGGAAGACACAGAGUACAACUACAUCAGCGCGCGCUUUCCUCCCGAUGCGGCAAAACUAGCCGAAAUGACUGUCAACCUUGCCCAUCUCAUACACGUUCAAGGCUUCAAGGGUCAAGACCCGACUACGGCAUAA